CUGAUUUUAACCCUAAUUUUUACCUCACUUCACAAACAUAAACCCUAGCUCCCCAAUUCGCUUUACCUCAGCACGGAUUGGACUGCCACCACCCUAGUAAGCUACAGUCAGGCUCACUGGUCGCUACUCACCAACGCCGGUCUUCCCUUACAGUCGCCUGUCUCACUGUCUGGACUCAGCUUUUGUGUGUAUGGGUGGGUGGAUGUGUGGACUGUGGAUUGUGCACUGUACAGAGAUGUGAAAUUCAUUUCCUCCACUUUUGCAAUCGUGGAUGCCUAUGGCUACGCGUUCCUUUCUUGCAACAAUCUCUCCUAUUAUUCCAUCUUCCAAACUCAUAGUGGCGUCUUAUGCCUUCUUCUCCACUUUUGUUGAUUCACAUCACCCCUUGCUGGUGCGUGAUUUCAUACAUGCUGCUCUAUAUGACCCUUCUCAUGGUUACUUCUCUAAGAGAACCAGAUCAGUUCCAGUUGGAGUCUUGGAAUCUUGUAUCAACUUCAAUAAGCUUCAAGGCAGGAAAGCUUAUUUGCGACAUCUAAAUAACAUAUACAAGCAAAGUGAAAUCUCAUGGUUUACUCCCGUGGAGCUCUUUAAGCCAUGGUAUGCACAUGGGAUUGCCGAAGCCAUUUUGCGUACUGCUAAUCUAUCCGUUCCUCUAAAAAUUUAUGAAAUAGGUGGUGGAUCGGGAACAUGUGCUAAGGGUAUUAUGGAUUAUGUGAUGUUGAAUGCACCACCACGUGUUUACAAAAACAUGACAUACACAUCAGUGGAGAUUAGUCCCUUUCUAGCUGAAAAGCAAAUAGAAACCGUUGGCCAAGUUAAUAGCCACAAAUCCAGAUUUAUGGUUGAAUGUCGUGAUGCUUCAGAUCGAAAUGGAUGGGGUGAUGUGCAACAAGAGCCAUGUUGGGUUAUAAUGCUAGAGGUGCUUGAUAAUCUUCCUCAUGAUCUUAUUUACUCAAAAAAUCAAACAUCACCUUGGGAAGAAGUAUGGGUUGAGAAGCAAAUUGAGUGGGAAACUCUUUCAGAGUCAUACAGACGAUUACAAGAUCGACUCAUUAUGUUUUGCAUUGAAAUAUUGGGUGAGGAGAUUGAUGGCCCAACAAGAGGUGUGACAACAGCUUUCAAAAGUAUUUUUGCCAAUGUUUUUCCAAAAUCUCGACGAUGCUGGCUACCAACUGGUUGUCUGAAAUUAAUGGAGGCUUUACAUAGUGCCCGACCAAAGAUGUCGUUGAUUGCUUCAGAUUUUAGUUACCUACCUGACGUGAGAAUACCUGGUUUAAGGGCUCCGCUUGUGUCAGCAAAGAUUGAUGGCUGUAAUGUGGAUUAUGAUAGCUACCUCGAUGCCAAGGGUGAUGCCGAUAUCUUUUUUCCAACGGACUUUUGGCUUUUGGAACGCAUUGAUCAUUAUUGCUCCGGAUGGCCAUGCCACAAAAAUCCUCCCAAGGAUAGAAAAAAGAGACGAACUAUUAUUCUUGAUACCUCUGCUUUCAUGGAUGAAUUCGGGCUACCCUCGAAAACAAGAACCAAAGACGGUUACAACCCGUUGCUGGAUGACUUCAAGAAUACUAAGUUUUAUCUGAGUGUGCCAACUUAUAAUACAACGGCUUAAGACUGCUGCUGGCUGCUGCCUCUCUUGGAAAUUGUUUGUUCUUGGUGUAGAGAGCCGCAUCCCACAGGCCACAAUGUGCAUGGAUAUGAGCUUUGAUCCUUGAUUUUGGAUUGUUGGUAUCUUUUAUUAGAAUAAUUUUUAAAUUAUUAUUUUCGAUCGAGUCAAAAAAUUUAUUGUUUUUUAGUUCUAGAUUAUAGUAGAAUUUAGUAAAAUCGUACGUUAAAUCAUGUUUUUAUUUAUGUGAAAUUGCGGUUGAUGUAUGUUAUUAAGCGCAAAUAAGAAACAAUCUCUUUAAUUCUUUAUGGAGAAGAUUGUAAUACUAA